UGUAAUGCUAGAGUGUCACUGCACAAAGAUUUUGUAGCAGAUUAAGAUAUAGCCAUGGCAAUUUACUCUACUUCAAAGCUCAACAUCAUUUUAUGCUUAUCUUCAACACUUUUGCUACUCUCUUCUCUUCAUGCUGAAGCUGAAUCUCAGAAUCUUAAAUACUGUCAAAAGAAUGUAGACUAUGCAGUGAAGGUUAGCAGUGUAGAAAUAUUACCUGACCCUGUGGUGAGAGGAGAGCCAUUCACCUUCAAAAUUCAAGCUUAUACUGAUGAUCUAAUUCGUAAAGGUAAUUUAAUAUAUGAAAUUUCAUAUGCUGGGAUAGAAGGACAACCUGCUGUAUUUUACCAUGAUCUCAGCGAGGAAACAUCCCUUCCUGUCCGUCCAGGCCACUUUUUGCUCACUCACACUGAAUUAUUGCCUCCAGUCACCCCGCCGGGUACCUAUAAUGUGAAGCUGACCUUCGAUAAUAAGGACGGUGGUGUGUUUACUUGUAUCACCUUUCCUUUCACCAUCGGCGCUAAAUCUUCAGUAUCUGCUAUUUAAGUGACCUAGGACUGAUCUGAAACUUAAGCAUUGUUUAUGGUUUAUUUUUGAAGUCAUAUGUUAACUAGUGAAUUGUCAUGCUUCGGACUAUGACUACUGAAAUGUUUUCUUACUCAUAAUAAUAAAUAAGUUGUCCGACCCGAGUUUAA